CUGGCAAUAACUUGGCCAAUCAUUUGUCAGCUUGGAAAUAGCCAAAUCUCUUCACUGAGCCCUCUCCGUUGCUCGUUGCUCUCUCUGUCUUCAUAUAGAAAUAGCCAUUUCUCUUCAUUGAACUCCCUCUGUUGCUUGUUUAUAUAUCUCUCUCUCUCUCUCCACAGUAAUACCCAAUUCGCUUCAUUGAACUCCCUCUGUUGUUUGUUGUGCUCUCUCUCUCUCUCUCUCUGUUGCUUGUUACUGUGUGUGUGGAAAUAAGCACUCAGCUUAACACUUUCUUCGUUGAGCUCUCUCUGUUGCUAGUGGUCCUCGUCUGCGCUGAUACUUCAUCUCUCUCUCUCUCUCUCUCAUGGAACUUCAAUAUUUACACCAUCCUCAAUAUUCUUACUAUAUCCAUAAAAGAAGCACCAAGUCACUCACAUGCUUCUCAGUGCGUCUCAGCAAGCCCAGGAAACUUGAACUUGGAUUUGAAUCAAAAUUUCCUAGCAUCAAAUGUACAUACUAUAAGAGCAUAGGUGGAGCGUGCAAGCUAGUAGAGAUCAGUAGAGUGAAUAGCAGGAUCAAAAGAUUGGGAGUAAGAGUUAAGGAUGAAGUUAAAGGAGAGACGAAUUUGAGUUCAGAGAAGGAGGGUACCAUAAUUGGAGCUGUCUCUCUCAUUGUUGGAUCCACUAUUGGGUCCGGGAUUCUUGCUGUACCCGCGAAGACCGCCACCGCUGGUUUCAUUCCAUCUGCUGUAACCAUGAUAUUGUGUUGGGGUUUCCUCCUCCUUGAAGCACUCAUACUAGUUGAAGUCAAUGUCUAUCUUUUCAAGAAGAAGAGAGGAAUGGUGCUUCAAUCAAAUCCUGGCUUAGAAAUGAUCUCCUUCCAAACCAUGGCCGAAGAAACUCUUGGGAAAUUUGGAGGGGUCUUUGCAUCUGCAAAUUACGUGUUCUUCGCAUAUGCUGCCUUGGUUGCUUUUGCUGCUAAAUCUGGGGAACUUCUCUCUCGCUUAACCAACCUCCCCUCUUCAGUUUCAGGCAUAAUUUUCAUGGCCAUUUUCUCUCUCCUUAUUGCAGUUGGUGGCACCAAACUCACUGACCAAGCAAACCAAUGGCUCACUGCCAUCAUGAUAGGUCUACUGAUAUUGAUUGAAGUAUCGGUGGCGUCGUUUGGAGGCUGGACUGGAGUAAGUGGAAAUGGGGACUGGGGGAAAAUUCCACAGGCGAUACCUGUGAUCAUAUUUGCUCUCUCUUUCCUUGAUCUCACUCCAGUGGUGUGUGCUUACUUCGAUUGGGAUAUCUCUAGGAUAAGGACUUCUCUCAUACUUGGAAGCUUUGUACCCUUGCUUGUUCUUCUCCUAUGGGAUGCAAUUGCACUCGGGCUUCCCUCUGAUGUAGCUGGUUCUGAUCCUUUGGACUUGCUCUUGAGGAUAAAUGGGCAUGGUGUGUCACUGAUGGUUGAAGUUUUCUCUCUCUUAGCUAUUGGGACAUCCUUAAUUGGGACUCUCUUGGGCUUCUUUGGGUUCCUCUUGGAGCAACUUAACAACACUGCUCUGAAAUCUGUCUCUCAGAUGCAUCCACAGGCCUGUCAAAACUUUACUCUUCCUUCGGAAACUGGGGACGUGAAAGAUCUCUCUUUGACAGAGAGUUAUGAGGGAAAAGGGAGGUUUCGCUUCUUGGUGAUGCUUUUGGCAGUUGUUCCUCCUCUGUUCAUCUCCAACACGAUUGCAGAUGCCUUCUUUUCUGCAACUGAUAUUGCAGGAGGCUUCUGCCUGGAGAUGCUAUUUGGAAUCCUACCACCUGCCAUGGCAUGGAAGAUGAUGGAUGUUGACGAAGAAGAAUCAAGAAUGAAGAUUAUUCUCCCUGGGGUUGGCUUUAUUGCUUGUGGAGUUAUCAUCGAUGAACUUGUUUUGCAGUGGUCGUUGCACCACCUGUGAUACAUCUAUGGGAGGAGUAGAAAGUUGCUAUCUCUCUCUCUGCAUAGAUGCAAAAGGAGGAGGAGCAAAAAUUUCAAAUCUCUCUCUCUCCCUCCAUGCAUAUAUGUAUAGUGAGUGAAGAGCUGCAUUUCAAAUCUCUCUCUUCAUUCAUAUAUUCAAAGGGAGUUGGGAACUGCAAUUUCAAAUCUCUCUCUCUCUCUGUCUCUUAGCUCUUAAUUUUCUGUCUUGGUACAGUUGUAAAAGGAGCUUCUCUCUUUUAUAUUUGUAUAUUUCUGUAUUUGCAUUGAGCUGUAUAUGUAUUCGAAAUAAAAGUUCUUCUGAUAUGAUUAUAUAAAUACUUUUAUCAAGAAAUAAAUAGAUUUUUUCAGGUA